AUGUUUGCCCCUCCGACGCCGACAACACCCAGGGGCGGACGGGGCGCUUUCAUCCCGCUCGUCUCGGUCGUCGACUUCCACCAUGCGCGCGGGCCGGAGGUGGAGCGCUGGUUCGGCGUCGAGGACGGUCACGAUCCGGCGGCCGAGUAUGACUGGACGCUGCUACCGUUCAUGGCGCUUAGCGAUGGUGCUCACGCACUCACCGAAGAUUUCUCCUACUUCACCCUCCUCCGCCCAGCUACUAGCACCACUGACGGUGACAACAACACCAACGAUGUACCCGCCACCUCCCUGUUUGGAAUCUCCUGCACGCGCCAGAUGGACGCCUCUCAGCUCGUCAAUCGCCCGGCCGAAGUCACACGCUCGACCGUGCAAAAGGCCGUGGUCGUCAUCGCCGACAGCCCGCAGUACUUUGGCAUGCUGCGGGAGCGAUUAAGCGUGGUCACCAAAGCGUGGUUUGCCCAGCGCGAGUUCACGGAUGUGGAGAUUCUGCGGCGGUUUCAGGAGAGUCUGGCGGACGAGAAGGCGCGCGGGAUGUUGCAGGCGGAGGAAGAGGCAGAGCGGGAUCAGUAUCUGGGGUUGAGCUUGCGCGAGCUGGUGCGCGAGUUUCGGUGGCAGACGCUGGUGCUGUUGAAGUGUUGCUUGUUGCAGCCAAAGAUGCUCUUCUUUGGUACCCGCUGUGAGCGUUUGUGUCUAACACAGUUCUCUCUGAUCUCAUUAAUACCACGGCUGCUUCAUAAUCUGCAAGACUCGGCCGGUCCGGAAUUGGAUAGUUACGAGAAGGAGCUGACGACACCAACAAGUCUAAGGACGAGCGACAGAAACUCACUCCUGUCAUACAUGGGGUUACCUCUGCAAAUCUUCGGCAAGGGUAGCCUCUUCGGCCCUUAUACCCCCCUUCAGCAGCUCGAUAUUCUCGCCGACUUUGGCACCAAGUCCUACAUCGUCGGUAGCACCAACUCACUUCUCCUUCAACAAAAAGACCGGUAUAGCGAUAUCUUGAUCAACCUCGACGAAGACACCAUCAACGUCACGUCCCCUUCUCUCAAGGCAGCCCUUCAACUCUCCACCCCAGACCGUCGCUGGAUCGACUUCAUCACCCAGAAUGUUAAUGACACCUGGGAUGAUGCCAAUCCGUCCCGCCCCAAGACCAUGGGUUACGUCGGAAGCGAAGAGUUUAUCCGUGUACAGUUCGAAGAAUACCUCCUCUCCCUAAUCUCGUCCGUCAAAUACCACGCUCAUCUGGCACGCCACGCCCACAACCCCCGCAUGCUCCUCCCCGAUAUCGAGGGCGAUCCAUCACACGAUUUCGGGAUCGAGUUCGUCGACGCCUGGGCCCGUACAGAAAACUUCCGCAUCUGGAACUCCCACACUGACUCGCACCUGUUCGACAUUGUCGAGCCCAAACACCCAUGCGCCGGGGGGCUAACUAUCGACGACAUUCAACGGCGAAUCACACAGCAGGUCCAAGACAUGCAUUGGGACGAGCGCUUUGCACAGGGCCGGGAAGUUCUCGGGCGGAACCUGGCUGCUGGGAGAGAGAAGGCGAGCACUCUAUUCGGGAAACUGUAUGCCGAUAUGGAAGCACUCCGGGAAGCGCAGAGGCGAAAAGCUGAAGAGUCUCGGCAACACCAUCAACACCACCACCACCACUCUAGCCACCCAUCAGAUGGGUCGAAAUCAGAACACAACGAGAAAACCGGUAUGUUAGGGGGAACUGCUACUGGAGCUGCUGCUGCUGCGCCUGUAGACCUUGCCAAGGCACAACAGACCGUGCAAACAGUCGGCAGCAAAGCCGGCGCCUUUGUUAAUAGCUGGGCAGCAUGGGCUGGGGAAAAGCGACGAGCAGCAUGGGGCGGCGGCGGGAACAGCAGCAGCAAUACCACCAACAACAACACCUCUACCACGACCACAAACACUACCACCACGGCAUCUACUAGCGACACAACCAGCACCGCGCGAAACAGCCGCCGUCCGUUGCACAGCAGUGGUCAUGGUUCGAUAAGCGGCGAAUCCAUGCUGGACGGUGUCGCGUCGGAUACAGCGUUUUCGUCGCCUGUGGCGUCACCGAGGAGGCCCACCGUCUUGGACAUCCGACGGAAGAACCCAGACGCAGACACAGACACAAGCGCAAAAGCGGAAACAGAAGAAGAAGAGAAAAAAGAGCAGGAAGAAAAGAACUCAACUCAAGGGGCGUCUCAAUCAAAAUCCAACCUCGUAUCAAAAUCGGACGACUCUGAUCCCGAACCGUCCCCACACCACACACCAGAUAUUGCGACGGCCGAAGCUGCCGUUGUGCAGGGGGUAUGGGAGAAGAGUUGA